AAUUGCUGUCCUCUGUUCCUCUGUUCUAAUUAGCUGAUGGUAGUUCUCCAAAACAGAUCAUUGACUGCUGGCCGAUAUGGAUACAGUGUUCUUGCCAGUCUAAACAGAACAUUCCAGACACAAAAAUGCCAGCGUAAAGAUGGGAGACUGGAACUUUCUUGGUGGGAUUCUAGAGGAGGUGCAUAUCCACUCCACCAUGGUGGGGAAGAUCUGGCUGACCAUCCUCUUCAUCUUCCGCAUGCUGGUGCUUGGGGUGGCGGCGGAGGAUGUGUGGAACGACGAACAGGCUGACUUCAUCUGCAACACCGAGCAGCCUGGUUGCCGCAACGUGUGCUAUGACAAAGCCUUCCCCAUCUCCCUCAUCCGUUACUGGGUGCUGCAGGUCAUUUUUGUUUCUUCACCCUCGCUGGUGUACAUGGGCCAUGCUCUCUACCGCCUCCGAGCCCUCGAAAAAGAACGGCAGCGCAAAAAAUUGGCACUGAGACGUGAACACGAGGCCGUGGACGUAGAGAUGGCCGAAGUGCGACGCAAAAUAGAACGUGAGCUUCGGCAGAUCGACCAGGGGAAGCUAAACAAAGCUCCCUUGAGGGGGUCUCUUCUGCGCACCUACGUGGCUCACAUAGUUACCCGUUCGGCCGUAGAGGUGGGUUUCAUGACCGGACAAUAUGUUCUGUAUGGGUUUCAACUAAAUCCGCUCUACAAAUGUGAGCGGGAGCCCUGUCCGAACGCGGUGGAUUGCUUUGUAUCUAGACCCACUGAGAAAAGCGUCUUCAUGGUGUUCAUGCAAUGCAUAGCUGCCAUCUCAUUGUUUCUCAACAUCCUGGAGAUCAUGCACUUGGGCUACAAGAAGCUCAAAAAGGUCAUCUUGAACUACUACCCACAGCUGAGAGACGAUCUCGAUGACAGCUACUAUCCAAACAAGCUGAAGAAAGAUUCUGUGGUGCAUCAGACAUGCACUGGCACCUCCACUGGCCGCAAGGCCACCAUUGCUUCAGCACCCAGUGGAUAUAACCUUCUUCUUGAUAGACCACCUGAUGGAACCGCCUACCCUCCUUUGAUCAACCCAUCCUCUGCUUUCUUGCCCGUUCAGAGUGAUAUGCAAACCAAAGACUGUUCUGAUGCACCAAAAUACUCGCAGAACAGUCCCACAGAGCACAACAGCAAUUCCAACAACACCAGCAGUGAUACACGUUCACCACCUUGCAACUCCGUCACACCGCCAAAGCAAGAUGAAGGGGAAGAUUCUAUCCACCCUCCACCUCUGUUCAAGAAAGGCCAGGAGUCUAAGACUUCAGACUCAUCAAGCCACCCCAGGGAAUCUUCUCACACAUCAUCCGGCGUGGGAAAGAAGCCAUGGAAGGUCAGCGCACCCUGGAACUGCUCAACCGUCGUAGAAGGUAAUGGCUCAGACACGGAUUCCUUGGAAGGCGCUAAGGCCCGCUCUCCCUACGCCGCUGGGCGAGCUCGUACUUCAUCCAGGUCUGAUUCCAAAAUGAGCAGGCCCACCUCUCCUGAUUCAAUAGAAGAAUCCAGCUCUGAGUCACGGCAUAGUCCACGAGCAUCACCGAGCCAUCGUGCCUCACUGGCCAGCAGUUCCAGUAGCAGACGAGCAGCUCCUACAGACCUACAGAUAUGAGAAAAACUCAAUAUGGGCAUUCACUAUUGAUGGCAGCCAUGUCAUUCUUACAGUUACAGUAUAUUGAUGGAAAAUGACAGUAAAAUGAACAUCUACAGCAAUCUCAGACUAAAGUUUUAUAUUCAAAUCUAUAAAGUUGUGGCACUCCUUAAUGGAUUGUUUACGCUGUCUUUUUACAUACAUAUCAAUUUAGCAAUACAAACUGACAGUAUAUUUCAUUUACAAUAGUAGGAUGACUACACUAGAGAGAUUGUACGUUUGAUUAUGCAUGCCUUGUUCUCACCUGGACUCUUUUUGAGUGCUUCCUGUAUCAGAAGUCAAAAUGAUGUAAUUUUAAAAAAUAAUUUCAAAACACAUUGUGCUGUAAUAGAGCAGCUGUAAAAAUCUUCAAAAAUAUGAUGUUGUGGAAAAAAAUUGUUUUAUGUGCAUAUGUCAUAUUAACAGAUAAUAAACUGGUCUGAUUUACAAUGCAAUUAAACCAGAUAUCGAAUCUUUAUUUAAGUCUGCCUUUUCUAAACAUAUGGACAACCAGCAUUUCUAAAUUAGGAAUCUAAGAAAGAUUAAGCAAGUCGAAUACAUAAAUUUUUCAAGCUGACUCAUAUUAAUAUUAGUAUUAUGAUGAGAAUUUACAUAUGCUUUGAUCAGCAAAAUGAAGCUGCUUUAAUGGUAAAGUAGUUGCUACUGCUCGUACCAAAGUUGUAAGUACCAAAAUAUGCAACAGUUUCUUCCCACAGGCUUGAAAUUAACUCAUUACACCACAAAAUUCAAAUGUUAUUACUUUUUGUAUUAUGUUUUUGUACUUUUUUGUAUGUUGCCUGUUGCUGUUAUUGUCAACUUCCAUGUUAUUGUCAUCGCUUCAUGUCAUACUAUGGCACUAAA